UUCCAGAAGCAACUAUGUGUUUCUCCUGAGAUUUUCGAUGCUAUCCUCGAUCAGAUCAGUAAUCACCCUGUUUUCCACAACCAAUCCAACAAUCCCCAACUUCCAGUUGCAGUGCAGCUUGCUAUCUUUCUUAAUCGAGUCGGCCACUAUGGCAAUGCCAUUUCUCCCGAGGAUGUCUGCCAGUGGGCAGGGGUAUCUGUUGGGUCAGUCACUAACUGUACUAAUCGUGUUAUGGCUGCCUUGCUGGCAGAACAUGAUAAUUUCGUCUUCUUCCCUGCUCUCGACUCUAUCGAAGUUGCUCAUGCCCGAGCCUAUGCUCUCAAAAUAUCAGACUGCCCAGAGUGGCAGAAUGGUAUCCUGGCUGUUGAUGGAUCAUUUUUCAAUCUUUUUCAAAGGCCAAGUAUUUUUGGAGAUACCUUUUAUAGUAGGAAGUCUCAAUUUUCUCUCAACUGCCAGGCAUGUUUUAUUUAUUAUUUAUUAUUUAUUUGA